AUGGAGAAUUUAUUUGGUGGUGCCAUCUGUGGUGUUAUUUAUCACUUGUUUAGUGGUCAGCCGUUGACCAUUAUCGGCUCCACGGGUCCGGUACUUGUAUUCGAAACAAUUGUUUUUGAUUUGUGUGCCACCAUUAAUUUCAACUACCUCUCAUUUCGUUUUUGGAUUCAUGUUUCUUAUAUAACACGUUUCACGGAAGAAUCAUUUGCAACCUUAAUAGCUGUAAUUUUUAUCUAUGAAGCAAUAAUGAAACUUGCAAAGAUCAGAACACAAUUGGAUAUCAUUGAAUACAACCGAUCGGUUGGUUGCUAUAAAUAG